AUGUCCCAGAUCGUCCACCUCGACGUCGGUGGUACCAGCUUCAAGACCACCUACGAAACACUUACCUUCCAUAACGCCUCAAACUCCUUCUUCCCGCGCCUUCUACACUUCUCAACCGACGAGAACUUUGGCUCUGCCAACAGUGCGAUCUUCAUCGACCGCGAUCCUGAGAGGUUCAAGGUGGUUCUGAACUACCUCCGCUCCGGCGAACUACAACUUCCGCCCCACUGCACAGCCUCCGCCAUCGCGUCCGAAGCUGACUUCUUUGCCAUCGACGGUCUCAAGAAAGAGGCAACGGCGCUUGCCUCACCGAUUGGUUCUGCUGGGGCCUCAGAUGUGGUCGAUUUCGCGACCCUCCAUCAGCAAGAGUUAUGGAUCAUUCAGACGAGGGAAGACACCCCUCACAACUACAUUGAAAGAAAAUGCCUCCUCCGCCACCCUGUCUUCCCCUCCCACUCGCUCUUCACGAUUUCUCCCACCACUGGUUUCUCUUGGGUCAACUCAGAGUACGUCUACUACCACAUCAAAGACUCCAUCAACUGGGCCGACUCAAAAGACUGGCACAGCACCCGGCCCGAUGUCUUUCACUACGAGGGCUUGAGUGCGGUUGAUGAGGAGGGGUGGUGCUGGCAUUGGCAGGGAGGGCAAAAGUUGGGGUUGAGGUAUGAGGGUGAGGAGAAUUUGAAUAUUAGGGUUGCUGUUAUGCAGAGAGGGAAGAGGAUGCCGCAUUUGACGACGGGGAUGGAUGCUCCUCCCAGGCCGCUUGAGUUCUAG